AUGAAAGGGGGUAGCGAGGGCGUCGGGGGGGAGGACGGGGCCGUCAUCUGCGUACAGGGUGUCCAGCCGCCCACGAUCGAUACCUAUACGUGUGGACUUUAUGUAAAAAGCCUCCUGUACACCCGGAGAAUGCCGACCAUAAGUGUCGAGAAACGAGUCGCCCCCGGGGAGGAAGGCACGAAAUAUCUUCAAUUUUCGAGAGAAAAUUUUCCAAUGCGGGGGAGAGUGCCCGCGGCGGAAGGGCUCGCUCGCCCCGUUUGCUUGUGUCCGAAAAAUGCGCACCCCUUAAUUGAAUUUACUGAUUUGCCUUUCGGAACGCACGCCCCGCCGUAUUUAUUGCGGCACGCUCGUUAUGCUCCAUAG